CUUCCUUCCUCCAAAUGUGACAAGCAUUUUUCAGCCUAUGAAUCAAGGAAUCAUCAAUGCUUUUAAGGUUAUCUAUAAAUCGAAUUUUCUGCGCCGUGUUCUGUUAGUAACUGACAGCGAUCGCCCAGUUACAGAAGUUAUCAAAUCAUUUAGCCUUUAUUAUGCUAUUCAACUAGCGACUGAUGCGUGGGCCACUGUAACUCCAGAAACGAUUGUUAACUGUUGGCGUAAUCUCUUAAGUGUCAGUCAAGAUCAAAACUAUAACUCGUUCAACGAUUUCACAAUUUCUUCACCAACGAGUGACCCCCGCGUAUUGCUUUCUAAAGUAGUGCAACUCGUCGAUCCAAACUACGAUCUGACCGAAGAAGAAGUUCAAGAGUGGCUAAGCAACUCAGACAACAUAGAUGUAGCGCAAAUAUAUACCGACGAGCAAUUGGCCAAGUAUAUUGCCUCUGGUGGUGACUUUUUCGAGGCGGACCAUGAAGAGCAAGAUUGCGAUGCUAACGAAAGUGCUGAGGGUGAUCUUAGUACUUCGGUUAUAUGUACUCUUGGAGCAGUCAAUCCGAAAAACGCAAUGAUUAUAAGAAGGUUAUCAGCAUCAUGGAUGUACUCAAAAAUGUUCUUAUUGCUGUUGGUGAUGACCAUAAAUUAGUGGAAGUCGAAAAAUGGAAAAACGAACAUGAAAAUGAAAUUAUUCGCCUUCUUGACGAAUAACAAUAGUGAAUUGUAAUUAAGUA